AUGGCCACUACCACCUUCUCGUCUCGUGGUGUACAAACGAUGAACACCAUGCUCGUCAAGCCGAUGCUUAGGAAAUCGAUCCACAAGAAGAGCGCAUCGCACGACAUAGUGAGGGAGACGGUGAAGACAGAUGGAGCCGGCUGCGGGGCAGGAGAGGAGAUGAAGACGACGAGAGGUUUCUCCCUGGCUGGAGAGACGUCAUCGUCAGCGAGUAGUUGGGUCCCACAUGAAGGAACGGGAAUAUACUAUCCAAAGGGACAGGAGAAGGUGAUGCAAGAUGUGCCUCCUCCUCCAGCUGGCAGCCAAGUGGACGAGCUCGUUAAUUGGUUCUCUUGA